AUGCAGAUCGCCGGGCUGGAAGGUCGGCUUGAACGUUUGGAGGGUCUAGUGGAGAGCUCGCUGAAGACAAGGGGAGAUCAGACAGUGACAGAGAAAGUGAACUCAGUCUGUUUGCGCCUGAAGCAUCUGGAUGCGUCCAGGGAGCUGCUUGAUGCCGCGAACCGAGGGGACGCAUGGCCCCAAGAUGCUGGGGCCCUGCAGGAGGUUCUCCUCGCUAGGCGUGAGAGCAUGAUGCAGAUGGCUCGACAGCUGGAGCUGAUCGAGAGACUACAGCGGCACCUUGACUCGGACAAGAUACGAGGUUCCCGAAUCCUUGUGGACAGGCUGCUAUACGAGGCAGCGCGAAGGAACGAAGAAGCUUUGUCGCGCUUCCUGGAGGUCUACAACGAUGCUUCUGCCGUCCUCUCUCGCACAUUCCUCGAUCUGGACGGCAGAAUACGAAGGCUAGAGAGCAUGUCGAAUACUUAG